AUGGACCCUUUGCAGGCUGCAAACUAUGCUAUUAGUUUGCAAAAGCUUGUAAUCCCAGCACCUGCCAGACCAAACCAUUCAAUGCAGAAACUAGGCUGGAGUAGGGCUGUGCUUAGGGAUGAGAAAGGAGAUGUUCUUAUGGCUGUAAGUAAAUCUGAGCAUGAGCUUCAUGAACCUGCUUCUGUUGAGUUACUAGCCAUGCUACGCGGCCUGCAGUUUAUUUUGCAUUUAGGGAUUUCAAAAGUCGUGUUAAAGAGUGAUUAUUUACUCAUGGUGGAAGCUUUGGCUAAUUCUGAGGAUUCCUUAUCAAGCCAAGGCAACCUUUUAAAGGAGGUUAGAAAUCUGCUCAGUCAUUUCAACAAGUAUCAAGUUCAACAUGUAAUUAGAGGUGGAAAUCAGGUGGCUCACUUCCUAGCAAAGCAUGCAUGGUCAGUCUAUGAUUUGGAGAUGUGGAUGGGAUUUGUCCCUUCUUUUCUACAUCAAUAUAUCUGGCUUGAUCAAGCCAAUUUGUAA